GUCAAUUGCGGUUUGUUCAAAUUUUGCUAUCAUAUAGUACUGUCAGAGUCGUCUUAAGUUUUUGAAGACUCUAUUUAGCUAUAGUUUAACUGUGACAAAUUUUGAAUCUGUCGGUUAGUCUGACUUGUACGCUCUCAAAGACGGCUCUGAAUACUGCAUUGAUUUAGUCUUGUUUAGGUUACAAUGCUAUUGCUUGAAUUGAAAUGCAUUGUGCAUUACUUUCUUUGUGGAAACUUUUUUCAGGUGAAGGAAAUGAUUCUCACGAAGCAGUACCGAUGCGUACACUCGUCUUCUUGCCAAUGUACAAAAGGUCAUUUAAGCGAAGACGUGAUAUUCUUGGUGUUUAACAAUUUGAAUUGGAACCCGAAGCUAAUAGCUACUCUGUCGUGCGUAUGCAAAUGGUUCGAUGAUCUUGCCAAACGAGUUCUAUGGAAAGAGUUUUGUCGAACGAGAGCUCCUAAGAUGAUGAUUGAUCUCCAAUCUAGUGGAACUCACAGCAUUGAUGGAAACUGGAGUGCCUUAGGGAAGCUGCUUAUACACUGUUCCGGAUGCAAAAGAGGCGGUUUGUUCAACAACGUUCAUAUCCCCGGCCAUUUCGUUUACAGGACGAGAUUCUCUAAAACAUCGGGAAAGAGCUUUCUUUUGCCACAAUGUGUAAACGAUGUUUUGUAUGUGUCUGAUCCUUGUGAGCAUCUUGACCAAGGCGAAGAAGGAGAUAUAGGAUUCUUCCGCGGAGUUUUCAAGUCGUUUGCUACUACAAACAUUCGGAGGAUGCUUAUUAACAAAGGCGCUCGGCUCCAUUCGACAGAAGUUUGUCCGUAUUGUAAGGCGAGGCUGUGGAGCAUGCUGCAGGCUAACAUGAUACCGCAGACCGCGAGUUGCAGAUUGGGAUCGUAUGAAGAAUGUGUCGAUUAUUAUGUGUGUCUUAAUGGACACAUGGUUGGGAUUUGCACAUUGUUGCCAUUGUCUGAUUCAGAAGAGGUGUCUGAGAAGGAGUAAGUAAGAUAUUGAUGAUUCUCAAGUAUUUUACCAACAUUUUUGUUAAUGAAUCAGAUUUAAGGAUGUUACUAUGAACUAUGUGGUAUAUAUCAUGUAUAUUUAUUGGUGUGUUGA